AAAAAUAUGCACAUCAAUAAAAAAAAUAUGACUAUAAAACGAAUAAAAGCACUACACCUGUACAAAUAAACAAAAAACAAUAAACAAAUGCAAUUCAUGGAUCACGAGCGCAGAAAAAAUCAGCUAUAUUUCGCCUCCGCCACAUUUUACAGCGUCCUAAAAACCCACCGCCGGUCAACCACCGUCAACUCCCAGUCCCAGCUCACAGCUUCUCCUCCUGCUAACGUGCGCUCUCGGCGAUGGCGAUCUCCCUUCAAUUCUGCCGCAUCUCCACCCGCACGGAUCUCGGCUUGCCGGAGGCGCGAUUGUUCCGGCUGCGGAAGCCGUCCUCCGUCCGGUGCUCCGCCGCUGGGGAAGGUGUUCCGUCUUCAUCCGCCGCGGUUGAGUCGUCCGAGUUCGACGCGAAGGUUUUCCGCCACAACUUGACGAGGAGCAAGAACUACAAUCGCAAGGGGUUUGGGCAUAAAAAGGAGACUCUCGAGCAAAUGAGCCAGGAGUAUACGAGUGACAUUAUAAAGACAUUGAAGGAGAACGGAUAUGAAUACACAUGGGGAAAUGUCACCGUGAAGCUUGCUGAAUCAUACGGUUUCUGCUGGGGUGUAGAGCGUGCUGUCCAGAUUGCUUACGAAGCAAGAAAACAGUUCCCGACUGAGAAGAUCUGGAUCACCAAUGAAAUCAUUCACAACCCCACUGUUAAUCAGAGGCUUGAAGAGAUGGAAGUGAAAAAUAUUCCUUUAGACGACGGCAAGAAACAAUUUGAUGUUGUUGACAAGGGUGAUGUUGUGGUACUGCCUGCUUUUGGAGCUGCUGUGGAUGAGAUGUUAGUUUUGAGUGAAAAGAAUGUUCAAAUAGUUGAUACCACCUGCCCAUGGGUAUCUAAGGUUUGGAACACAGUUGAGAAGCACAAGAAGGGAGAUUAUACUUCGGUAAUCCACGGUAAAUAUUCUCAUGAGGAGACUGUGGCUACUGCUUCUUUUGCUGGGAAGUACAUUAUUGUAAAGAACAUGAAAGAGGCAACAUAUGUAUGUGAUUACAUUUUGGGUGGUGGGCUUGAUGGAUCCAGCUCGACCAGAGAGGCCUUUUUGGAGGUAGGGUCAGAGUUUUCCUGCUUGAAGAAAUUCAAAUAUGCAGUGUCUGAUGGAUUUGAUCCAGACAAAGAUCUUGUCAAAGUUGGUGUUGCAAAUCAAACUACCAUGUUGAAAGGGGAAACUGAGGAAAUUGGAAAAUUACUCGAAAGGACCGUGAUGCAAAAGUUUGGAGUCGAAAAUAUUAACAAUCACUUCAUAAGUUUCAAUACUAUUUGCGAUGCAACUCAAGAACGGCAAGACGCUAUGUAUAAACUGGUCGAGGAAAAACUAGAUCUCAUGCUCGUUGUUGGCGGUUGGAACUCGAGCAACACUUCCCAUUUACAAGAAAUUGCCGAGGAUCGUGGGAUUCCUUCAUAUUGGAUAGACAGCGAGAAAAGGAUAGGACCCGGAAAUAAAAUUGCUUACAAGUUGAUGCAUGGUGAGUUGGUGGAGAAGGAGAACUGGCUACCUAAGGGUCAGGUCAGAAUCGGGAUUACAUCUGGUGCAUCUACACCUGAUAAGGUUGUUGAAGAUGUUCUUGCAAGGGUCUUCGACAUAAAGCGUGAAGAAUUACUGCAAGUGGCAUAAACUGCAUUUUUGCAUUGUAAGCUGUGUCUUAAAAUCGGAACUUGCUUUCGGUUACCUCUAAUCUUAUAUGAUACAAUCCCACGUUUAGGUCGGGUUGGCCAGAGGAAGGCACGUUAUUGUAUUGCUGUGUAACAAAAGUGAAUCUUUGGUUAUAGUAUCUACAAAUUACAAAUGUCGUGUAAUAAAUUGUAAGGUACUUUGUAAAAUUCGUCAGCAAAUUACCUGGUAAAGGGAGAGUAGACUCCCUUUGGUUAAUUUGUUAUUGGGCUAGCGGGUUUAUAUUGAAAUAAACAAAAUUUUAGUAUCUAUAUUUAUUUGUGAUAGA